AUGGACUGCCCCGCUGAUCAUAAUGUCAUGGUGUGUGAUUCAGCGUCGGUGCAGACUGUCCACCUGCGGACCCCCAGAGAGAACACGGUGGGGAAGGUGAUGGAGUCCUGUCUUAGGAUGCUGGGAAUGAUUGAGGACAAGGACCUCUUCAGCCUCACAGACAAACCAGGUCUGCGUUAACCACUCAAAGUAUGAAUGAUGGAAUUACUGACUGACAGACUGACUGACUGGCUGACUGACUGGCUGAGACUGACUGGCUGGCUGACUGGCUGAGGCUGACUGGCUGAGGCUGACUGGCUGACUGACUGGCUGAGACUAACUGGCUGGCUGAGACUGACUGGCUGACUGACUGAGGCUGACAGACUGGUUGACUGACUGGCUGACUGGCUGACUAAAUGGCUGGCUGACUGGCUGAGACUGACUGGCUGGCUGACUGGCUGAGACUGACUGGCUGGCUGACUGGCUAAAUGGCUGGCUGACUGGCUGAGACUGACUGGCUGACUGACUGGCUGAGACUAACUGGCUGGCUGAGACUGACUGGCUGACUGACUGAGGCUGACAGACUGGUUGACUGACUGGCUGACUGGCUGACUAAAUGGCUGGCUGACUGGCUGAGACUGACUGGCUGGCUGACUGGCUAAAUGGCUGGCUGACUGGCUGAGACUGACUGGCUGACUGACUGGCUGAGACUAACUGGCUGGCUGAGACUGACUGGCUGACUGACUGGCUAACUGGCUGAGACUGACUGGCUGAAUGGCUGAGACUGACUGGCUGGCUGACUGACUGGCUAAAUGGCUGGCUGACUGGCUGAGACUGACUGGCUGACUGACUGGCUAAAUGGCUGGCUGACUGGCUGAGACUGACUGGCUGGCUGACUGGCUAAAUGGCUGGCUGACUGGCUGAGACUGACUGGCUGACUGACUGGCUGAGACUAACUGGCUGGCUGAGACUGACUGGCUGACUGACUGGCUGAGACUGACUGGCUGACUGACUGGCUGACUGGCUGAGACUGACUGGCUGACUGACUAAAUGGCUGGCUGACUGGUGACUGAUGGCUGAUGACUGGCUAGAUGGCUGUACUGGGACUGACUGGCUGGUGAACUAGUAAUGGCUGGGACGCUGAGACGUGACUGGCUGACUGACUGGCUGAGACUAACUGGCUGGGCUGAGACUGACUGGCGAUGCUGGCUGAGACUGACUGGUGGAUUGACUGGCUGACUGGCUAGACUGACUGGCUGAUGACUAAAUGGUGCUGACUGCUGAAUACUGACUUGUGAGAUGCGGCUGGAUUGACAGACUGCUACAGACUGGCUGACUGGUAGACUGCAAAAUUGAUUGCUGAGGCCUGAAAGGCUGACUGGGGUCUGACUGGCUGACUGGCUGACUGUAGACAAAGAUUUAUUCAGCCUAACUGAAACCAGGUUCGGACUCUACUUUAUGUGACUUGACUUGUAGUAAAGGCAGAGGGUUACGCUAGUAAGGUUAAAGGUUAGGUUACUAGGGUUACGCUAGUAAGGUUAAAGGUUAGGUUACUAGGGUUACGUUAGUAAGGUUAGGUUACUAGGGUUACGCUAGUAAGGUUAAAGGUUAGGUUACUAGGGUUACGCUAUUAAGGUUAGGUUACUAGGGUUACGCUAGCAAACAUUGACAACGACUAUAGGAGUUGGCAAGACAGUACAAACAGAUCUGGGACCAGACUACUUCUUGAGUAGGGUUGUGCCAUACUAUAUAAUCUAAUGGCCAUAUAAUUGAUUGGUGACAAUGAAUAAUGUUUAUAUCUGUGCUUUGAAGGUUCGUCAGUGGAGCUGUCACCAGACCAACAGAUCAUUGACUUAGCAAGCUCAGACAACAAACAUCUAGAGUUGUACCUGUGCAAAAAGGUAAGCCUUGCAUACCAUUGUCACGUACAAUUUACAGUCAUCCAAGUCACAGACAACAGUUUGUUCUUGUGCUUAACAGAACAGUUGUGCUCUAGUCACAUACAACAUCUUAUUAUUUACAAUGUAGAGUGUUGCUCUAGUCACAGACUGCUUGUUCUAGUGAAACAGAACAGAACAGCAGUAGAUCAGUAGUCUAUAGUGUCAGACAGAACAGCAGUAGAUCAGUAGUCUAUAGUGACAGACAGAACAGCAGUAGAUCAGUAGUCUAUAGUGUCAGACAGAACAGCAGUAGAUCAGUAGUCUAUAGUGUCAGACAGAACAGCAGUAGAUCAGUAGUCUAUAGUGUUAGACAGAACAGCAGUAGAUCAGUAGUCUAUAGUGUCAGACAGAACAGAACAGCAGUAGAUCAGUAGUCUAUAGUGUCAGACAGAACAGCAGUAGAUCAGUAGUCUAUAGUGACAGACAGAACAGCAGUAGAUCAGUAGUCUAUAGUGUCAGACAGAACAGCAGUAGAUCAGUAGUCUAUAGUGUCAGACAGAACAGAACAGCAGUAGAUCAGUAGUCUAUAGUGUUAGACAGAACAGCAGUAGAUCAGUAGUCUAUAGUGUCAGACAGAACAGCAGUAGAUCAGUAGUCUAUAGUGUCAGACAGAACAGCAGUAGAUCAGUAGUCUAUAGUGACAGACAGAACAGCAGUAGAUCAGUAGUCUAUAGUGUCAGACAGAACAGCAGUAGAUCAGUAGUCUAUAGUGACAGACAGAACAGCAGUAGAUCAGUAGUCUAUAGUGUCAGACAGAACAGCAGUAGAUCAGUAGUCUAUAGUGUCAGACAGAACAGAACAGCAGUAGAUCAGUAGUCUAUAGUGUUAGACAGAACAGCAGUAGAUCAGUAGUCUAUAGUGACAGACAGAACAGCAGUAGAUCAGUAGUCUAUAGUGUUAGACAGAACAGAACAGCAGUAGAUCAGUAGUCUAUAGUGUUAGACAGAACAUAACAGCAGUAGAUCAGUAGUCUAUAGUGUCAGACAGAACAGAACAGCAGUAGAUCAGUAGUCUAUAGUGUUAGACAGAACAUAACAGCAGUAGAUCAGUAGUCUAUAGUGUCAGACAGAACAGAACAGCAGUAGAUCAGUAGUCUAUAGUGUUAGACAGAACAGAACAGCAGUAGAUCAGUAGUCUAUAGUGUCAGACAGAACAGAACAGCAGUAGAUCAGUAGUCUAUAGUGUUAGACAGAACAGAACAGCAGUAGAUCAGUAGUCUAUAGUGUUAGACAGAACAGAACAGCAGUAGAUCAGUAGUCUAUAGUGACAGACAGAACAGAACAGCAGUAGAUCAGUAGUCUAUAGUGUUAGACAGAACAGAACAGCAGUAGAUCAGUAGUCUAUAGUGUUACACAGAACAGAACAGCAGUAGAUCAGUAGUCUAUAGUGUUAGACAGAACAGCAGUAGAUCAGUAGUCUAUAGUGACAGACAGAACAGAACAGUAGUAGAUCAGUAGUCUAUAGUGUCAGAAAGAACAGCAGUAGAUCAGUAGUCUAUAGUGACAGACAGAACAGCAGUAGAUCAGUAGUCUAUAGUGUCAGACAGAACAGCAGUAGAUCAGUAGUCUAUAGUGACAGACAGAACAGCAGUAGAUCAGUAGUCUAUAGUGUCAGACAGAACAGCAGUAGAUCAGUAGUCUAUAGUGACAGAAAGAACAGCAGUAGAUCAGUAGUCUAUAGUGUUAGACAGAACAGCAGUAGAUCAGUAGUCUAUAGUGUUAGACAGAACAGAACAGCAGUAGAUCAGUAGUCUAUAGUGUUAGACAGAACAGCAGUAGAUCAGUAGUCUAUAGUGUUAGACAGAACAGAACAGCAGUAGAUCAGUAGUCUAUAGUGUUAGACAGAACAGAACAGCAGUAGAUCAGUAGUCUAUAGUGUCAGACAGAACAGCAGUAGAUCAGUAGUCUAUAGUGUUAGACAGAACAGAACAGCAGUAGAUCAGUAGUCUAUAGUGACAGACAGAACAGCAGUAGAUCAGUAGUCUAUAGUGACAGACAGAACAGCAGUAGAUCAGUAGUCUAUAGUGUUAGACAGAACAGAACAGCAGUAGAUCAGUAGUCUAUAGUGUUAGACAGAACAGAACAGCAGUAGAUCAGUAGUCUAUAGUGUCAGACAGAACAGAACAGCAGUAGAUCAGUAGUCUAUAGUGUUAGACAGAACAGCAGUAGAUCAGUAGUCUAUAGUGUUAGACAGAACAGAACAGCAGUAGAUCAGUAGUCUAUAGUGUUAGACAGAACAGAACAGCAGUAGAUCAGUAGUCUAUAGUGUUAGACAGAACAGAACAGCAGUAGAUCAGUAGUCUAUAGUGUUAGACAGAACAGAACAGCAGUAGAUCAGUAGUCUAUAGUGUUAGACAGAACAGAACAGCAGUAGAUCAGUAGUCUAUAGUGUUAGACAGAACAGCAGUAGAUCAGUAGUCUAUAGUGUCAGACAGAACAGAACAGCAGUAGAUCAGUAGUCUAUAUAGUUAAACAGAACAGCAGUAGAUCAGUAGUCUAUAGUGUUAGACAGAACAGAACAGCAGUAGAUCAGUAGUCUAUAGUGUCAGACAGAACAGCAGUAGAUCAGUAGUAUAUAGUGUUAGACAGAACAGCAGUAGAUGAGUAGUCUAUAGUGACAGACAGAACAGAACAGCAGUAGAUCAGUAGUCUAUAGUGUUAGACAGAACAGCAGUAGAUCAGUAGUCUAUAGUGACAGACAGAACAGCAGUAGAUCAGUAGUCUAAAGUGUUAGACAGAACAUAACAGCAGUAGAUCAGUAGUCUAUAGUGUCAGACAGAACAGAACAGCAGUAGAUCAGUAGUCUAUAGUGUUAGACAGAACAGAACAGCAGUAGAUCAGUAGUCUAUAGUGUUAGACAGAACAGCAGUAGAUCAGUAGUCUAUAGUGUUAGACAGAACAGAACAGCAGUAGAUCAGUAGUCUAUAGUGUUAGACAGAACAGCAGUAGAUCAGUAGUCUAUAGUGUUAGACAGAACAGAACAGCAGUAGAUCAGUAGUCUAUAGUGUCAGACAGAACAGAACAGCAGUAGAUCAGUAGUCUAUAGUGUUAGACAGACAGAACAGCAGUAGAUCAGUAGUCUCUAGUGACAGACAGAACAGAACAGCAGUAGAUCAGUAGUCUAUAGUGUCAGACAAAACAGAACAGCAGUAGAUCAGUAGUCUAUAGUGUUAGACAGAACAGAACAGCAGUAGAUCAGUAGUCUAUAGUGUUAGACAGAACAGCAGUAGAUCAGUAGUCUCUAGUGUUAGACAGAACAGAACAGCAGUAGAUCAGUAGUCUAUAGUGUUAGACAGAACAGAACAGCAGUAGAUCAGUAGUCUAUAGUGUUAGACAGAACAGAACAGCAGUAGAUCAGUAGUCUAUAGUGUCAGAACAGAACAGCAGUAGAUCAGUAGUCUAUAGUGUCAGACAGAACAGCAGUAGAUCAGUAGUAUAUAGUGUCAGACAGAACAGAACAACAGUAGAUCAGUAGUCUAUAGUGUUAGACAGAACAGAACAGCAGUAGAUCAGUAGUCUAUAGUGUUAGACAGAACAGAACAGCAGUAGAUCAGUAGUCUAUAGUGUUAGACAGAACAGAACAGCAGUAGAUCAGUAGUCUAUAGUGUCAGACAGAACAGAACAGUAGUAGAUCAGUAGUCUAUAGUGUCAGACAGAACAGCAGUAGAUCAGUAGUAUAUAGUGUCAGACAGAACAGAACAGCAGUAGAUCAGUAGUCUAUAGUGUUAGACAGAACAGAACAGCAGUAGAUCAGUAGUCUAUAGUGACAGACAGAACAGAACAGCAGUAGAUCAGUAGUCUAUAGUGUUAGACAGAACAGCUGUAGAUAAGUAGUCUAUAGUGUUAGACAGAACAGCAGUAUAUCAGUAGUCUAUAGUGUCAGACAGAACAGAACAGCAGUAGAUCAGUAGUCUAUAGUGACAGACAGAACAGCAGUAGAUCAGUAGUCUAUAGUGACAGACAGAACAGCAGUAGAUCAGUAGUCUAUAGUGUUAGACAGAACAGAACAGCAGUAGAUCAGUAGUCUAUAGUGUCAGACAGAACAGAACAGCAGUAGAUCAGUAGUCUAUAGUGACAGACAGAACAGAACAGCAGUAGAUCAGUAGUCUAUAGUGUCAGACAGAACAGCAGUAGAUCAGUAGUCUAUAGUGUUAGACAGAACAGCAGUAGAUCAGUAGUCUAUAGUGUCAGACAGAACAGAACAGCAGUAGAUCAGUAGUCUAUAGUGUCAGACAGAACAGCAGUAGAUCAGUAGUCUAUAGUGUUAGACAGAACAGAACAGCAGUAGAUCAGUAGUCUAUAGUGUCAGACAGAACAGACAGCAGUAGAUCAGUAGUCGAUAGUGUCAGACAGAACAGAACAGCAGUAGAUCAGUAGUCUAUAGUGUUAGACAGAACAGAACAGCAGUAGAUCAGUAGUCUAUAGUGUUAGACAGAACAGAACAGCAGUAGAUCAGUAGUCUAUAGUGUUAGACAGAACAGAACAGCAGUAGAUCAGUAGUCUAUAGUGUCCGACAGAACAGAACAGUAGUAGAUCAGUAGUCUUUAGUGUUAGACAGAACAGAACAGCAGUAGAUCAGUAGUCUAUAGUGUUAGACAGAACAGAACAGCAGUAGAUCAGUAGUCUAUAGUGUUAGACAGAACAGAACAGCAGUAGAUCAGUAGUCUAUAGUGUCAGACAGAACAGAACAGCAGUAGAUCAGUAGUCUAUAGUGUCAGAACAGAACAGCAGUAGAUCAGUAGUCUAUAGUGUCAGACAGAACAGCAGUAGAUCAGUAGUAUAUAGUGACAGACAGAACAGAACAGCAGUAGAUCAGUAGUCUAUAGUGUCAGACAGAACAGAACAGCAGUAGAUCAGUAGUCUAUAGUGUUAGACAGAACAGAACAGCAGUAGAUCAGUAGUCUAUAGUGUCCGACAGAACAGAAUAGUAGUAGAUCAGUAGUCUCUAGUGUUAGACAGAACAGAACAGCAGUAGAUCAGUAGUCUAUAGUGUUAGACAGAACAGAACAGCAGUAGAUCAGUAGUCUAUAGUGUUAGACAGAACAGAACAGCAGUAGAUCAGUAGUCUAUAGUGUCAGACAGAACAGAACAGCAGUAGAUCAGUAGUCUAUAGUGUCAGAACAGAACAGCAGUAGAUCAGUAGUCUAUAGUGACAGAACAGAACAGCAGUAGAUCAGUAGUCUAUAGUGUCAGACAGAACAGCAGUAGAUCAGUAGUAUAUAGUGUCAGACAGAACAGAACAGCAGUAGAUCAGUAGUCUAUAGUGUUAGACAGAACAGAACAGCAGUAGAUCAGUAGUCUAUAGUGACAGACAGAACAGAACAGCAGUAGAUAAGUAGUCUAUAGUGUUAGACAGAACAGCAGUAGAUAAGUAGUCUAUAGUGUUAGACAGAACAGCAGUAUAUCAGUAGUCUAUAGUGUCAGACAGAACAGAACAGCAGUAGAUCAGUAGUCUAUAGUGACAGACAGAACAGCAGUAGAUCAGUAGUCUAUAGUGACAGACAGAACAGCAGUAGAUCAGUAGUCUAUAGUGUCAGACAGAACAGAACAGCAGAAGAUCAGUAGUCUAUAGUGUUAGACAGAACAGAACAGCAGUAGAUCAGUAGUCUAUAGUGUCAGACAGAACAGAACAGUAGUAGAUCAGUAGUCUAUAGUGUCAGAACAGAACAGCAGUAGAUCAGUAGUCUAUAGUGACUACUGAUCUACUGCUGUUCUGUUCUGUCUAACACUAUAGACUACUGAUCUACUGCUGUUCUGUUCUGUCUAACAUUAUAGACUACUGACCUACUACUGUUCUGUUCUGUCUUACACUAUAGACUACUGAUCUACUGCUGUUCCGUUCUGUCUAACAUUAUAGACUACUGACCUACUACUGUUCUGUUCUGUCUUACACUAUAGACUACUGAUCUACUGCUGUUCCGUUCUGUUUAACACUAUAGACUACUGAUCUACUGCUGUUCUGUCUAACAAUAUAGACUACUGAUAUACUGCUGUUCUGUCUAACACUAUAGACUACUGAUCUACUGCUGUUCUGUUCUGUCUGACACUAUAGACUACUGAUCUACUGCUGUUCUGUUCUGUCUAACACUAUAGACUACUGAUCUACUGCUGUUCUGUUCUGUCUAACACUAUAGACUACUGACCUACUACUGUUCUGUUCUGUCUUACACUAUAGACUACUGAUCUACUGCUGUUCCGUUCUGUCUAACACUAUAGACUACUGAUCUACUGCUGUUCUGUUCUGUCUAACACUAUAGACUACUGAUCUACUGCUGUUCUGUUCUGUCUAACACUAUAGACUACUGAUCUACUGCUGUUCUGUCUAACACUAUAGACUACUGAUCUACUGCUGUUCUGUCUAACACUAUAGACUACUGAUCUACUACUGUUCUGUUCUGUCUAACACUAUAGACUACUGAUCUACUGCUGUUCUGUUCUGUCUAACACUAUAGACUACUGAUCUACUGCUCUUCUGUUCUGUCUGACACUAUAGACUACUGAUCUACUGCUGUUCUGUCUGUCACUAUAGACUACUGAUCUACUGCUGUUCUGUCUGACACUAUAGACUGCUGAUCUACUGCUGUUCUGUCUGUCACUAUAGACUACUGAUCUACUGCUGUUCUGUCUGUCACUAUAGACUACUGAUCUACUGCUGUUCUGUCUGACACUAUAGACUACUGAUCUACUGCUGUUCUGUCUAACACUAUAGACUACUGAUCUACUGCUGUUCUGUCUAACACUAUAGACUACUGAUCUACUGCUGUUCUGUUCUGUCUGACACUAUAGACUACUGAUCUACUGCUGUUCUGUUCUGUCUAACACUAUAUACUACUGAUCUACUGCUGUUCUGUUCUGUUUAACACUAUAGACUACUGAUCUACUGCUGUUCUGUUCUGUCUAACACUAUAGACUACUGAUCUACUACUGUUCUGUUCUGUCUAACACUGUAGACUACUGAUCUACUGCUGUUCUGUUCUGUCUAACACUAUAGACUACUGAUCUACUGCUGUUCUGUUCUGUCUAACACUAUAGACUACUGAUCUACUGCUCUUCUGUUCUGUCUGACACUAUAGACUACUGAUCUACUGCUGUACUGUUCUGUCUAACACUAUAGACUACUGAUCUACUGCUGUUCUGUUCUGUCUAACACUAUAGACUACUGAUCUACUGCUGUUCUGUCUAACACUAUAGACUACUGAUCUACUGCUGUUCUGUUCUGUCUAAUACUAUAGACUACUGAUCUACUGCUGUUCUGUCUGUCACUAUAGACUACUGAUCUACUGCUGUUCUGUUCUGUCUGUCACUAUAGACUACUGAUCUACUGUUGUUCUGUCUAACACUAUAGACUACUGAUCUACUGAUGUUCUGUUCUGUCUAACACUAUAGACUACUGAUCUACUGCUGUUCUGUUCUCUCUGUCACUAUAGACUACGGAUCUACUGCUGUUCUGUUCUGUCUAACACUAUAGACUACUGAUCUACUGGUGUUCUGUUCUGUCUAAUACUAUAGACUACUGAUCUACUGGUGUUCUGUUCUGUCUAAUACUAUAGACUACUGAUCUACUGCUGUUCUGUCUAACACUAUAGACUACUGAUCUACUGCUGUUCUGUCUAACACUAUAGACUACUGAUCUACUGCUGUUCUGUUCUGUCUGACACUAUAGACUACUGAUCUACUGCUGUUCUGUUCUGUCUAACACUAUAGACUACUGAUCUACUGCUGUUCUGUUCUGUCUAACACUAUAGACUGCUGAUCUACUGCUGUUCUGUUCUGUCUAACACUAUAGACUACUGAUCUACUACUGUUCUGUUCUGUCUAACACUGUAGACUACUGAUCUACUGCUGUUCUGUUCUGUCUAACACUAUAGACUACUGAUCUACUGCUGUUCUGUUCUGUCUAACACUAUAGACUACUGAUCUACUGCUGUUCUGUUCUGUCUGACACUAUAGACUACUGAUCUACUGCUGUAUGUUCUGUCUAACACUAUAGACUACUGAUCUACUGCUGUUUGUUCUGUCUAACACUAUAGACUACUGAUUACUGCUGUUCUGUCUAACACUAUAGACUACUGAUCUAUUGCUGUUCUGUUCUGUCUAACACUAUAGACUACUGAUCUACUGCUGUUCUGUCUGUCACUAUAGACUACUGAUCUACUGCUGUUCUGUUCUGUCUGUCACUAUAGACUACUGAUAUACUGCUGUUCUGUCUAACACUAUAGACUACUGAUCUACUGAUGUUCUGUUCUGUCUAACACUACAGACUACUGGUCUACUGCUGUUCUGUUCUGUCUAACACUAUAGACUACUGAUCUACUGCUGUUCUGUCUGUCACUAUAGACUACUGAUCUACUGCUGUUCUGUUCUGUCUGUCACUAUAGACUACUGAUUACUGCUGUUCUGUCUAAAACUAUAGACUACUGAUCUACUGUUCUGUUCUGUCUAAACUAUAGACUACUGAUCUACUGCUGUUCUGUUCUGUCUAACACUAUAGACUACUGGAUCUACGCUGUUCUGUUCUGUCUAACAUAUAGACUGAUCUAUGCUGUUCUGUUCUGUCUGACAUAUAGACUACUGAUCUACUGCUGUACUGUUCUGUCUAACACUAUAGACUACUGAUCUACUGCUGUUCUGUUCUGUCUAACACUAUAGACUACUGAUCUACUGCUGUUCUGUCUAACACUAUAGACUACUGAUCUACUGCUGUUGUCUAACACUAUAGACUACUGAUCUACUGCUGUUCUGUUCUGUCUAACACUAUAGACUACGGAUCUACUGCUGUUCUGUCUAACACUAUAGACUACUGGUCUACUGCUGUUCUGUUCUGUCUAACACUAUAGACUACUGAUCUACUGCUGUUCUGUUCUGUCUAACACUAUAGACUACUGAUCUACUGCUGUUCUGUUCUGUCUGACACUAUAGACUACUGAUCUACUGCUGUACUGUUCUGUCUAACACUAUAGACUACUGAUCUACUGCUGUUCUGUUCUGUCUGUCACUAUAGACUACUGAUCUACUGCUGUUCUGUCUAACACUAUAGACUACUGAUCUACUGCUGUUCUGUUCUGUCUAACACUAUAGACUACUGAUCUACUGCUGUUCUGUUCUGUCUAACACUAUAGACUACUGAUCUACUGCUGUUCUGUUCUGUCUGACACUAUAGACUACUGAUCUACUGCUGUUCUGUCUGUCACUAUAGACUACUGAUCUACUGCUGUUCUGUUCUGUCUAACACUAUAGACUACUGAUCUACUGCUGUUCUGUCUAACACUAUAGACUACUGAUCUACUGCUGUUCUGUUCUGUCUAACACUAUAGACUACUGAUCUACUGCUGUUCUGUUCUGUCUAACACUAUAGACUACUGAUCUACUGCUGUUCUGUUCUCUCUAACACUAUAGACUACUGAUCUACUGCUGUUCUCUCUGACAGUAGAGACUACUAUCAAGACUGUUUUGGCUUGUUUAAAACACUGUGGGUUGUGCACCAAUUGUCUUUUUGUUCUAAAUCCCACCAGGAGAAAUCUAAAGGUGUAGUCCAGGCCCAAUCCCCAGCUCCUACUUUUGGUGGUUCCCAUGGCAAUGGCCCUGUCAAUCAAAACCACAAGGUACAGGUGGUCAGCCAGACCGGUAAAGAGGAAAAGAUACGGGAACUCAACGAACAGGUGGACUCUCUACAGAACGUCAUCCUGCAGGUGAAAUAAAGUAGAGUAUUCUUAAUCAUCCUUCUGGACCUACCACAGUAACAACAACAACAACAACAACAACAACAACUACUACUACUGCUACUACUACUACUACUACCACUACUGCUGCUACUACUACUACUAUUACUACUACUACUACUACUACUACUGCUGCUACUACUAGUACUACUACUACUACUACUACUACUACUACUGCUGCUAUUACUACUACUGCUAAAACUACUACUAUUACUACUACUACUACUACUGCUACAACUACUACUACUACUACUACUACUACUACUACUACUACUACUACUACUACUACUACUACUACCACUUCCUGCUUGCUACUACACUACUACUACCGCUACGUACUACUCUACUACUACUGUUACUUACUACUACUACCAACCUAUUGCUGCCUACUACUACUACUACUACUACUACUACUGCCUUGCCCUACUUACUACUUACUCCUAGUACUACUACUACUGACUCUGUAAUACUCACUUACUACUACUCCUACCCUACUAUACUCCUACUACUACUGCUACCACUUCUGCUGCUUACUACUACUACUGCGACUAACCUACUUACACUACUACUACUACUACUACUGGAUACUACUAUUACUACUGCUGCCUACUACUCUACUACUACUACUACUACUCCUGCUACCAAUAACUCUACUGCUGCUACUACUGCUACUACUGACUACUACUACUACUACUACUACUACUUACACUACUACUACUCCUACUACUACUACUACUGCUGCUACUACUACUACUUACUACCUGCUACCACUACUACUGCUACCACUACAACUUACCUGACUGCUACUACUUGCUUACUACUACUACUACUACUUACUUACUUACAUACUACUACUAGACUACUUGACUACUACUACGCACUACUACUUGCUACUACUAUUACACUACUAUCCUACUACUACUACUACUACUAAACUAACUACUACUACUACUACACUACUACUGCUACUACUACUACUACUACUACUACUACUACUACUACUACUUACACUACUGCUCUACUUACUACUACUAUACUACUACUACUACUACUACUACUGACUGCUACUACUACUACUACUCUACCUAUCUACUCUACUACUACUUACUACGCCUACUAUAUCUACUAUACUCACUACUUCUACUACUACUACUACUAUCUACUCUUACUUCAUUCUACUACUAUCUUACUACUAUCUCUCUAUCUACUAUCACUAUCACUACUCUAUAUCAAUUUUACUAUUUAUACUACCACUCUACUAUACACUAGCUACUAUCUCGAAUGCUGUACAGACACCUCACCUACUACUAACCCUAAACACUGUUUAUAAUGCAGGUGUAGCACACUACUGUAUGAUAAAACUUCUUCUCUCUUACUCUCUUCUUCUUCUUCUUCUCUUCUUCUUCUUUCUUCUUCUUCUUUCUUCUCUAUCUUCUUCUUCUUCUUCUUCUUCUUCUUCUUCUUCUCCUUCUUCUCAUGUUGACCCCAUGGGUAGGAGAUCGACCACGGCCUUGUAGCCUUCUGCCAGCAUAGCAUAGCAUCCAGGGGCCUUUAAUUCAUUGUUGACUCCUAAUGUUGACCCCAGGUGCAGGAGAUCCACCACAGCCUGGUAGCAUUCUGUUCAGAGCUGAAGAGAAUGGAUGGAGAGGUGGAUGCGUCGGGGCUGAGAUCCCCAGAGCUGGAGCAGCGCCUGGGGCUGGCUCUGGGACAGCUCAGGGACAAGAGACACAGUCUACAGAGCCUCAGAGAGACCACGAGAGACACAGACGCACACAGGAACAAGUAGGUUUAUAACAAAGACUACUGUUCCCAUAAUGCAAUGCACCAAGGAAAAUGUAACUUUGAUGUGAGACGCAUUGUGUCAUAUUGGUCUCUCAGACAGGGCUGGGUAUUGAUGGAAUUAAACAUAUUGAUGGGAAUUGAACUGUCGCCAUCAGGUUUCAGGCUUGCCUCUCCAACUAGGCUCCCUACCGCCCUAUUACGGACAAAAUAUUCAUAGUAGGUCUAGUAGGGAUGUUUGAGACAAGCAUUUGUGACCAUAACAAAUCACACUUUUGAUUUAGAGUUUUUAAAACUUUGGUCUCCGGUAUCCUAAACCUGUUUAAAAAAUAAAUAAAAAAAAUGUCCUAUAGCGUGUUAUAUGUUCCCAACCAAUUAAAAUUCUUACACCAUGUUCAGAGUGAGUCCAUACUCAUUAAAAGGGAAGUGUAUCAAUCAUAUUUAUGGUGACAUUCACAACACAUGGUGUGAAAAGCUACUCUGGUGGGAAAAAAGUGAAAGCAGUUAAAACAGCCCAUCUUAACACUUUCUCAUAUUUCAAAUCAACUUACUCACUCACUCACUCACUCACUCAUUCACUCACUCACUCACUCCCUCACUCACUCACUCACUCACUCACUCACUCACUCACUCACUCACUCACUCACUCACUCACUCACUCACUCACUCAUGCGUACAUACAGUGCUAUGAAAAGGUAUUUGCCCCCUUUCUAAUUUUCUCUACUUUUGCAUAUUUGUGAUACUGAAUGUUAUCAGAUCUUUAACCAAAACCUAAUAUGAGAUAAAGGGAACAUAAGUGAACAGAUAACACAACAAUUACAUAUUUAUUUCAUAAACAAAGUUAUGCAACACCCAAUUCCCCUGUGUGAAAAAGUAAUUGCCCCCUUACACUCAAUAACUGGUUGUGCCACCUUUAGCUGCAAUGACUCCAACCAAAUGCUUCCUGUAGUUGUUGAUCAGUCUCUCACGUCGCUGUGGAGGAAUUUUGGCCCAGUCUUCCAUGCAGAACUGCUUUAACUCAGUGACGUGUGGGUUUUCAAGCAUGAACUGCUCGUUUCGAGUCUUGCCACAACAUCUCAAUUGGGAUUAGGUCUGGACUUUGACUAGGCCAUUCCAAAACUUCCAAUUUGUUGCUUUUUAGCUAUUUUCAUGUAGACUUGAUUGUGUGUUUUGGAUCAUUGUCUUGCUGCAUGAUCCAGCUGCGCUUCAGCUUCAGCUCACAGACGGAUGGUCUGACAUUCUCCUGUAGAAUUCUCUGAUAGAGAGCAGAAUUCAUGGCUCCUUCUAUUAAGGCAAGUCGUCCAGGUCCUGAGGCAGAAAAUUCUACAGGAGAAUGUCAGACCAUUCAGUAUCACAAAUAUGCAAAAGUAGAGAAAAUUAGAAAGGGGGCAAAUACUUUUUCAUAGCACUGUAUUUGCUGCUUUUGCAAUCAUUUGUGCACCUGCACAGUAAGUGUGAAUGACUAGCCUGUUGUAGUUAUGUUAGCGCAACACCUAGUGACAUUUCUCAUAGCGUGGGGACCUCUUGGUGCAACAGUUAAGCUCUUGAACUGACAGCAGCAGGGAGCCGAGAUCUAGUGCCGUUUAGGGACUUCCCCUUAAAUACUGUUAUCCAUUUAUUCCCAUGAAGCUCAUCUCCUCCUGUGUCUGUGAUAUGUGAUUGUCUCCUUGUAACUACCUGGUAAACAUGAUUUCAUUUUGCUACUCCCUGUAACUACCUGGCAAAUAUUAUUUUACUUUCUUUCUCCAUGUAACUACCUGGUAAACAUUACUUUAUUUCUCCCUGUAACUACCUGGUAAACAUUACUUUAAUUCACUAUGUCGUCCAGGUGAUCAGAGGUGCUUUAUGACUUGUUAUAAGCAUGUACUGUAUGUCCUCAUUACAAGGCAUAUAAUACGUUAUGUCAUCUUAACCUUACAGGCGAUCAGAGGUUCGUCUUCUGGAUAAGAUGAAGCUGAACUGUCAGGUGUUUAAAGAAGAGAUCUCUCUGGUGCACCUCAACCGACAGGUAUCCCAUCUACAGAAAGCACUUCAGGACAGCCAAGACAAGGUACAUUUACCUGUGUGUUACUGUGUUAACUCAACCUUAAACCUCCCUGGUUCACCUCAACAGACAGCUAGCUCAUCGACAGGCAGCACUGCAGGACAGCCAAGACAAGGUAGUCCUAACCCCUGACCCCUGACCCCUGACCUCUAACCCUAACUCACCACCAGACUGCACUGCAGGACAGUCAAGACAAGGUAGUCCUAACCCCUGACCCUGACCUCUAACCCUAACUCACACCAGACUGCACUGCAGGACAGUCAAACAAGGUAGUCCUAACCCUGACCCCUGACCUCUAACCCUAACUCACCACCAGACUGCACUGCAGGACAGCCAAGACAAGGUAGUCCUAACCCCUGACCCCUGACCCCUGACCUCUAACCCUAACUCACCACCAGACUGCACUGCAGGACAGCCAAGACAAGGUAGUCCUAACCCCUGACCCCUGACCUCUAACCCUAACUGACCACCAGACUGCACUGCAGGACAGUCAAGACAAGGUAGUCCUGACCCCUGACCCCUGACCCCUGACCUCUAACCCUAACUCACCACCAGACUGCACUGCAGGACAGCCAAGACAAGGUGCCUUUGCUUUAUCUCUGUACUAGAGUAAAACUGUAGCGUCCAAGAUGUAAUGUAAUACGAGGUAAUGAAGAGAAGAGAUCACCACGUGAAGCGUAUGAAGGAAGCUACUUAAAUAGCCUGUACAUACUUAGAAAAAAGGGUUCCAAAAGGGUUCCAAAAGGGUUCCUCGGCAGUCCCCAUUAGGCAUCCCUUUUUGGUUCCAGGUGGAACCCUUUUUGGUUCCAGGUAGAACCCUUUUUGGUUCCAGGUAGAACCCUUUUUGGUUCCAGGUAGAACCCUUUUUGGUUCCAGGUAGAACCCUUUUGGGCUCCCUGUAAAAUGCUCUGUGGAAAGGCUUCUACAUGGAACCCAAAAGGGUUCUACCUGCAACCAAAAAGGGUUCUUCAAACGGGUUCUUCUAUGGGGACAGCUGAAGAACCCUUUUAGGUUCUAGAUAGCACUUUUUUUUUUGUAAGAGUGUAAGUCUGCCCAUUCAACGGCCCCUUCCUCACUGCCUCUCAACCCCCCACCUCUUUCCACCGUCUCACCCCCUCACCCCACCGUCCCCCUUUCCCCCCCGACAACCCCCCACCCAUGGCGUGUGAAUGCCUCGGAGCACUGGCUGCCGUCUUGCCGGACGGAGUCAUAGGUGAAACUCUAAGGCCUCUCCUCAGACAUGAGAGCCAGACAGGAUAUCUCUACGGAAACACAGCACAAGCCCCUUGAGAAACAGAGCGUAAUAUAUCCCAUAAUUCUCUGCAUCACCCUCUUACUCUGGCUCUGGUUUCCAUUGCUUUAGCAGGCCUAACCCUAACCCUUUCUUUAGCAGGCCUAACCCUAACCCUUUCUUUAGCAGGCCUAACCCUAACCCUUUAUUUAGCAGGCCUAACCCUAACCCUUUCUUUAGCAGGCCUAACCCUAACCCUUUCUUUAGCAGGCCUAACCCUAACCCUUUAUUUAGCAGGCCUAACCCUAACCCUUGCUUUAGCAGGCCUAACCCUAACCCUUUCUUUAGCAGGCCUAACCCUAACCCUUUCUUUAGCAGGCCUAACCCUAACCCUUUCGUUAGCAGGCCUAACCCUAACCCUUUAUUUAGCAGGCCUAACCCUAACCCUUGCUUUAGCAGGCCUAAACCUAACCCUUUCUUUAGCAGGGCCUAACCCUAACCCUUAUUUAGCAGGCCUAACCCUAACCCUUUUCUUUAGCAGGCCUAACCCUAACCCUUUCUUUAGCAGGCCUAACCCUAACCCUUGCUUAGCAGGCCUAAACCUAACCCUUUCUUUAGCAGGCCUAAACCCUAACCCUUUAUUUAGGCAGGCCUAACCUAACCCUUUCUUUACAGCCUAACCCUAACCCUUUCUUUAGCAGGCCUAACCCUAACCCUUUCUUUAGCAGGCCUAACCCUAACCCUUUCUUUAGCAGGCCUAACCCUAACCCUUUCUUUAGCAGGCCUAACCCUAACCCUUUCUUUAGCAGCCUAACCCUAACCCUUUCUUUAGCAGGCCUAACCCUAACCCUUUCUUUAGCAGGCCUAACCCUAACCCUUUCUUUAGCAGGCCUAACCCUAACCCUUUCUUUAGCAGGCCUAACCCUAACCCUUUAUUUAGCAGGCCUAACCCUAACCCUUUCUUUAGCAGGCCUAACCCUAACCCUUUCUUUAGCAGGCCUAACCCUAACCCUUUAUUUAGCAGGCCUAACCCUAACCCUUUCUUUAGCUGGACAUAUGCCAGACAUGAGCCCAAAGAAUUUUAAUUGUUUUCAAUUUCAGUGUGUUUGUCUAGAAGAGCUGGGGUAAAUCCCUUGGUAGCUGGACGGGAGACAUUACAGACACUAGACUAGAUACUGUACAGACACAUCUCAGACAUGAUCAACUGUGAAUUAGUGUUAUAUAACAAUAAUGGUACUUCUUUUUUUAACAAAAUCUUUAUAAAUGAAUUAGAAAACUGCAGCGAUUACAGCCUCGAGUCUUCUUGGGUAUGACGCUACAAGCUUUGCACACCUGUAUUUGGGGAGUUUCUCCCAUUCUUCUCUGCAGAUCCUCUCAAGCUCUGUCAAGUUGGAAGGAAGCUAUUUUCAGGUCUCUCCAGAGAUGUUCGAUCGGGUUCAAGUCUGGGCUCUGGCCUCACCUCAGAAAAACUCCAGGGGGAGGCGAGGGGGAGGAGAAGCGAUGGGGAGGGAAACGAGGGGGAGGGAAACGAGGGGGAGGGAAGCGAGGGGGAGGGAACGAGGGGGAGGGAAGCGAGGGGGAUGGAAGCGAGGGGGAGGAGAAGCGAGGGGGGAGGAAAGCGAUGGGAGGGAAACGAUGGGGGAGGGAAGCGAGGGGAAGGAAACGAGGGGGAGGGAAGCGAGGGGGAGGGAAUCGAGGAGUAGGGAAGCGAGGGGGGGGGAAGCGAGGAGGAGGGAAGCGAGGGGGAGGGAAGCAAGGGGGGGAGGGAAGCGAGGGGGAGGGAAGCGAGGGGGGGGGGGGAAGCGAGGAGGAGGGAGGGAAGCGAGGGGGAGGGAGUGUCAUUCUUUCCCUUAUAUUGUCUGUCUAAAGCUCUUCGAAAAUAGUUUCCACCAUCUGUUGUUUCUUCCCCCCUCUCCUUCCAUUUCUCCUACUUUCUGCCCCCUCUAUCCCUACCUCCCUCCUUUCCUGCGUCCCCCCCCCCCCCCUGUACUCUCCAGUUGUAUUGAUCCAGAUUGCACCCUUGGACUGAUACUCUCAAAUUGAUUAAAUAGUUCCUUAUUGUCUGUUAUCCAGAGAGAGGAGAGAGAGCUAACCAAACACACACACACCUGAAUCUAUUAGUUCCCAGGCUGCUCCCCCCCCCACCACCACCCUCCGGUCUGUGAACCUGACCCCGUCUCUGAUUAGGUCAUAUGAUAAACAUUAGCUCGGCCGCUUUUCCCACCAACUCACCACCUAAAAAGGCUCUGCUGCUCUGAGAGAGACUAGUCCCUGGUCUGGGCCUUGAAACCCCUGGGGCCACAGUAACAUUACAGGCCCCCUCCACAGUAACGUGACACGCCCCCUCCUGUUCAAAGCGAGAGCCGCGUGUGUCCUUUCAUAGCACCUCGUUAGCUGCUCCUCCCCCCGGGGAUAACAGGCAGAACGUUCAAAAAGAAAAACAGAAGAGAGAAAAAGGUUCUCCGACUCCUCUGGGGAUGGGGGGGGGGGGGGGGGGUGAGAGUUUUACACACCUAGCCCCGUUUCUCUCUCUCUCACUCUCUCUCUCUCCCUCUCUCCCCCUCCUCUCUCCCUCUCUCCCUCCUCUCUCCCUCUCUCUCUUCCACCUCUGUCCCUCUCUUCUAUCUCUCCCUCUCUCUCUCUCUCUCUCUCUCUCUCUCUCUCUCCCUCUCUCCCUUUCUCUCCAUCCUCUCUCUCUCCUUUCCCUCUCUCCCUCUCUCCUUCCUGUUCCUCCAGUGGCUUUGUCACCAGCAUUCCAUUGUUGGUAUGGUCACAGGCUCUCGGGUGUCACAGCUCUACAGAUCAGUGCGCGUGUGUGUGUGUGUGUGUGUGUGUGUGUGUGUGUGUGUGUGUGUGUGUGCUUACUUGCAGGUUCCUUCCAGACAAUGCAACACCAAUAAGAAAUACAGUUUUUUACAAUCACUUUGGCACUAAUUUCAGAACCUUGACGUAAUUAUUCAAAACUCUAGACACAAAACUCACAACCAAUGAUCAAAAUGCACAUUUUUCAAAACUCUAACACUUUUUUUCAAUUGCUUGGAUACAAUAGACAUAAAACUAAGAUCAUUUGUUCAUUUAACAAAAAUCACCUGUUCAAUAUGACACAACUUAACAUCAAAGUACUACUAUUUCAAAAGGCAAUUCACACAUUACAUUUCAGAUGAGUGUCUAUUCAUUUCAUUACAAUUAUCCAACUAUCAAUUGAUACAACUGCUCAAAAUGAUAAGUAACUGUUGCAUUACUCUUAAUGCAUAGUUGUAUGGAAACAGACAAACAAUAUUCCAUGUUUAGAUCAUGAAAGUUUCAAGAUAACGAGAUUCAUUGUCACCAAUUAGCGUGGAGCAUGAACCAAUUAGACUACAUUAUCUAUGGAUGUAAUAUUUCAUCAUCAUUCUUUAUCAGACACCGUUUCUAUGGUCCCAUGUACCACCUUUUCAGACUAUUUACAGUAUUGACAGUACUGCACUGUAUGGAUGCAGGCCCUUGUAAUUGCUUGUCCAAUUCUGCCAACUUGUUACUGAUGAUUGAGUUCACAUUAUGGAACGAGUAUAUAAAGAAUUGAUUGGGAUCCACUUGCAACAACAUAGCUUUACAUACUGUAACAUGGAGCCGGCAGGUGAUCCAGGUCACAAUAGAGGUGAAGCAGUGGUGGGAGGAAGACGAGGAAGACGUGUUGGUCAAAGGAAUGGUAGGGGACAAGCACCCCUUCUGAGAGGUGGUCGUGGGGCCUCGUUUGAGAGGUGUGGGGGAACGUGGUAGAGGACAAGGCCACGGACCAAGACAGCGGCAGCAACAGCAAAGAGUGUCCAAUGAAAUCCGAGCAAGCAUGGUUUCAGGCCCAUGCACAAUUUACCACCCUGUAUUUACCCCCCAUACUCUCCUUUCCUUAACCCGAUUGAGGAAUUUUUCUCCACAUGGAGAUGGAAGGUUUUAUGAUAGGCGCCCUCAUGAACAAGUCACUUUUCUCCAGGCCAUGGAUGACGCAUGCAAUGACAUCACGGCAGACAAGUGUCAGGCCUGGAUUCGCCAUGCCCGAAGGUUUUUUCCAAGAUGUUUGGCUAAUGAAAACAUCCAUUGUGAUGUAGAUGAGAACCUGUGGCCAAAUCCACAAGACAGAGUUGAUGAAAAUGUAGAAGUACAGUAAUCACUCCUAUGUUUUGCUUUUUACAGUACAAGCAAGCAAGUUGAGGAACACUGCAUUUGAUGUUUUACAGUACUGUAUCGUUUUUCAUCAACAUAUUUCAGAUUUUGUUCAAUGAUUCCACUGUGUCGGUAGUAUUCUCUCUACUACUGCAGUACUUUUACAGGGAUGAAUUUACAUGUAGUACCAUAAUGAAACAUGUAUCACCUAUUUUGUACUACAAUAUUUAAUGAUUGUACGAACAAUGACACAGUGAAACUAUCGGUUGCUUGUGUGUGGGUGAUCUAAAUUAACGUUUCAUUGGUAAAUUUGUUUUUUGAACCAAUGAUUGUGCAAGUGCAAGAUUUCUUUAAAGAUAUGAUGCCGUUGGGGGGGCCCUUUUUUUUGUUUUGGGGGGGUUGGGGGGUUUUGGGGGGUUUGGGGGAAAGGGGGUUUGGGGUUGUUGGGUUUUUUUUUUGGGGGGGGGGGGUUGGGUUUUGGGUGGGUGGGGGGGGGGGGUUUUUGGGUGGGGGUGGGGGUUUUGGGGGGGGGGGUUUUUUGGGGGGGGGUGGGGGGGUGGGGGGGGGGGCCCGGGGGGGGGGGGGGGGGGCAAAAGAAAAAGGGGAAAAUUUUCCAAAAAGGGGAAAAAAUUAAUAUUUAUGGGGGGCCCCCCAAAAAAGGGCAUUUUUUUUGGGGGUUUGGUUGGGGUUUGGGGGGGUUUUGGGGUGGUUGACCCAAGGUUUUUUGGGUUUGGUUAAAAAAAAAUUUUUUGUGUUGGGUUUGGGGGUGGAAAGUUGUGUGUGGGGCGUUUUUUUUGGGGUUUUUGUGAAGGGGGGGGUGUUUUGAUGUUUUUUUUGUUUUUUUUAAAAUUUUUUUUUUUUGUUAAUUUUUUUGUGUCGGUUUUUUUUUGGUUUUUUUUGGGGGGGUUUAAAUUUUGGGGGGGGAGUUUUUGUUUUUUUGGUGUGCCGUUUGGGGGUUUUGGGGGGGGGGGGGUUUAAAUUUUUUUUGGGGUUUGGUUUUUUGUGUUUGGGGCUUUUUUAAAAGUUGUUGGGGGGAUGUUUGUUGGAAUUUGUUGUGUGGUUUUGGUUUUUUGUGUUUUUUGUGAGUGGUUUGUUAGGGGUUGUUGUUCGGGGGCCCAAAAAAAAAAAAAAAUUUAAAAAAACCAUCAGUAAAAUACGGGAAGGAAAAAUUUUUAAGAAAAAUUUUUAACUUGGGGGAAGGGGGGGUUGGGGGGGAAGUUUUUAGGGGUUUUUGUGUGUUUUUGUGUGUUGUUUUUGUGUUUGGGUUUUUGGGGGGGUGUGUUUGGGUUGGGGGUUUGUUUUUUUUUUGGUUUGGGGGGUGUGUUGGUUUUUUUUUGUUGUUUUGGUUUGUGGUUGGGUUUUUGGGGGUGGGUGUGUUGUGGUUUUUUUUGUUGUGUUUUGGUGUUUUGGUGUGGGUGUGUGUUUUGUUUGUGGGUGUUUUUGUUGGGGUUUGUUUGGGGUUUUUUUUGGGGGGUUUUUUUGUUUGUUUUUCCCCCCCCUUUUUUUUCUUUGAUUUUUUUUUUUUUUUCUUUUUUUUGGGGCCCCCUUUUUUUUCCCCUUUUUUUUUUUUUUUUAAUUUUUUGGGUUUUUUGGGGGGGUGGGGGGUUGGGGGGUGGGGGGUUUUUUGGGGUUUUUUUUGGGGGGUUUGGGGUUUGGGGGUUUUUUUUUUUUUUUGGGGGGGGGGGUAUGGGGGGGGUUUUUUUUUUUGUUUGUUUGGGGGGGGGGUUUUUUGGGGGGGGGGGGGCCCCGGGGGGGGGUUUUUUGGGGGGGGGGGGGGUUUUUGGGGGGGGGUUUUGGUUGGGUUUUUGUUGGGGUUUGUUGUUGGGGGUUUUUUUUUGGGGGGGGGUUUUUUUUGGGUUUUUUUGUUUGUUGGGUUUUUUGUUUGGGGGGUUUUGUUUGUUUUUUUUGUUUGGUUGUUUUUGUUUUGUUUUGGGGGUUUUUGGGGGGUUUUUUUUUGGGGGUUUUGGGGUUUGGGGGUUUGGGGUUUUGGGGUUUUUUUUUUGUGGGUUGGGUUUUUUUUGUUUUGGGGGUUUUUUUUUGUGUUUUUUUUUGGGUUUUUUUUGGGGUUUUUUUUUUGUUAAAAAAAAGGGGUUGGUUUUUUGGGGUUUUUUUUGUUGGGGUUUUUUUUUUUGGGGUUUUUUGGGGAAGGGGGAUUGGGGGUUUUUUUGGGUUUUUGUUGGGGGUUUUUUGGGGGUUUUUUUGGGGGUUUUUUUGGUUUUGGUUUUUUUUGUUGGGGGUUUUUUUUUUUUUUUUUUUUGUUUUAGGUGGGGGGGGGGGGGGGGGGGGGGGGGGGGGGGGUUUUGUGUGGGGUUUUGUUUUGUUGGGUUUUUUUUGUAUUUAGCAUGAUAAGACCCUUGUAUUUUCAUGAUAAGAGCCUGUAUUAGUCAUGAUGAAAGAGCCUUGUAUUAGUCAUGAUGAAAGAGCCUUGUAUUUAGUCAUGAUGAAAGAGCCUUGUAUUUAGUCAUGAUGAAAGAGCCUUUUUUGUUCAUUUAGUCAUGAUGAAAGAGCCUUGUAUUAGUCAUGAUGAAAGAGCCUUGUAUUUAGUCAUGAUGAAAGAGCCUUGUAUUUAGUCAUGAUGAAAGUAGCCUGUAUUUAGUCAUGAUGAAAGAGCCUUGUAUUAGUCAUGAUGAAAGAGCCUUGUAUUUAGUCAUGAUGAAAGAGCCUUGUCUUUAGUCAUGAUGAAAGAGCCUUGUAUUUAGUCAUGAUGAAAGAGCCUUGAUUUAGUCAUGAUGAAAGAGCCUUGUAUUUAGUCAUGAUGAAAGAGCCUUGUAUUUAGUCAUAAUGAAAGAGCCUUGUAUUUAGUCAUGAUGAAAGAGCCUUGUAUUAGUCAUGAUGAAAGAGCCUUGUAUUUAGCUAUUAAAGAGCUUGUAUUGAGUCAUGAUGAAAGAGCCUUGUAUUUAAUCAUGAUGAAAGAGCCUUGUAUUUAGUCAUGAUGAAAGAGCCUUGUAUUUAGUCAUGAUGAAAGAGCCUUGUAUUUAGUCAUGAUGAAAGAGCCUUGUAUUUAGUCAUGAUGAAAGAGCCUUGUAUUUAGUCAUGAUGAAAGAGCCUUGUAUUUAGUCAUGAUGAAAGAGCCUUGUAUUUAGUCAUAAUGAAAGAGCCUUGUAUCUAGUCAUAAUGAAAGAGCCUUGUAUUUAGUCAUAAUGAAGGUGAAGCUACAGUAUUUAUUUAGUGGAAACACAAAGGGAUGUGAAUGAAUGAAUGAAGAACAUCUCUCUCAGAGAUUACUGCUUGGCAACACGGGUCAUUUACUCUGAUAAUGAGAGGAUUGUGUUACCUGCUAGUGUUGUCUGGUGGUACAUGUUAGAUAUAUCACCUCAGAUAAAAAAGCUGUGGUUAAAGAUUAGUGGACAGACAGACAGACAGAGAGACAGACAGACAGACAGACAGACAGACGGACAGACGGACAGACGAGCAGACAGACAGACAGACAGACAGACAGACAGACAGACAGACAGACAGACAGACAGACAGACAGACAGACAGACAGACAGACAGACAGACAGACAGACAGACAGACAGACAGCAGAGUUUAUGUGUGUGUGUGUGUGUGUCUGUCUGUGUGUCUGUCUGUCUGUCUGUCUGUCCUUCUGUCUGUCUGUCUGUACUUUCACAUUGUAUGUGUAUGUUUGUGUUCUGUAUUUCCAGGAGAGAGCCCUGCAGUCCCAGUCCCAGUCCCAGAGGAAGUGUUCUACCCUGGGCCAACUUGUCUCUCCCAAGUGUCCAGCCAUGGUACUGGCAGUCCAGGAGAGCCGUGGGGAGGAUGGGCGAUAUGGAUUCUCCUGCCGCCUCUCACAGGACAGUGGACUGGUGGUGAUACAGGUGGACAACUCCCAGUCACCCCUCUGUCUGGGAGACAGGUAAAUACCCUGUAUUACACUGUACAGUAUACCUUAGAUGACAACAUAGAAAUGGACUGUAUAGAGCAGGUCACCUUAGUUGACAACAUAGAAAUGGACUGUAUAGAGCAGGUCACCUUAGUUGACAACAUAGAAAUGGACUGUAUAGAGCAGGUCACCUUAGUUGACAACAUAGAAAUGGACUGUAUAGAGCAGGUGGUCACCUUAGAUGACACACAUAGAACAUGGACUGUAUAGAGCAGGUCACCUUAGUUUGACAAACAUUAAGAACUGGACUGUAUAGAGCAGGUCACCUUAGAUGACAACAUAGGGAUGGACUGUAUAGAGCAGGUCACCUUAGAUGACAACACAUCCAGUUUGGGAGUAGUGUUGGGAAGUGUUUGGUAUCUCAGAUCUCAUCUUCCUCCACUGACUUACUUUCCCCUCCUCCUCCCCGUAACUAUGGAAACCUUUGACAGACAGGGCCCAUAACAGGAAACCACUGUAAUGUAGAACUAAACUAUGGGAUGUUUAAGCCGAAUGGAGGACAAUAUCAAUACAAGAAUAACAUGCAGUCAUGCAAUUAGUUAGGCUUAUUGUUUUCUUACUAGGGUGACACACACACACACACACACAACAUAUACACACACCACACACACACACACACACACACACACACCACACCACACACAUACAUAUACACACACACACCACACACAACAUACAACACACAACACACACACACACACACUACAUAACACACACACACACACAACACACACGACACACACACACAAACACACACACACACACACACACACCCACAUACACACACACACACCACACACACAACACACACACACAAUACACUAUACACACACAACACACCACACACACACACCACAAACUUAACACCACACACACACACCACACACACACCAACAUACCACACACACACACACAACACAUACAUCACACACACACACCCACACAACACCACACACACACACACACACCACACACAACACACACACACCCACACACACACACACUACCACACACACCACCCACACACACACACAUAUUUAUAACACACCACACACACACACACACACAACACACAUGUCCCUACCACAUCAUACACGCAGCUCCCACAUUUACACCCCACCCUGAUAGCAUAAACAACCCAGACCCUCACACAGCACGAACACCCACACACACACACAACACACACACACAGCUCAUCUCUCCUGAUGUAUGAGAAGCAGCUCUUCACUUUGAACUGAUGCUUGAGUCGCUAAGACGACAGCAUUUCUGCAAGACGUGAUGACACCACAGAUGCCACAAGAAAGCCAAGUGAACUCUUUGAAGAUUACUGCGUGUUCAGCCGCUGAGCACAGCAUUUUCUGCCAAUUAUCUUUUCACAGUCAAAAUAUAAAGCCUCUCUUGUUUCCUCCCUCCUUUUCUAUUAUUUUUUUUUAAUACAGUCUAUAAAUAAAAGUUAAUGAAGGGAAUAUUUAAUGACCUGGGAAUUCUGUGUUUAAACUGAUGUUAUUAAUGUUUCACAACUCUUUAAUUAGUUUUAAUACUAAAUUCUUUUGAUAUUUCUUGUGCCGUGUCUGAUUACUAUUGACGGGGUAGGUCCUGGUCCUGCCCAUACCUGUAUUUAGAGCUCUGCCAGUUCCCUAUAGUGAGAAUGAGAGUAGAGUGCCAGUUACAGAGAGAUUUGGAUUGAUUUGGCAAAGUAACUUCAGUCAUCUAACCAGCCUCUUUUACCUGUUGUUUAAAACCUGGCCUGACCAUGACUUAAAACCUGGCCUGACCAUGACUAAAAACCUGGCCUGACCAUGACUAAAAACCUGGCCUGACCAUGACUAAAAACCUGUCCUGACCAUGACUAAAAACCUGGCCUGAAUUGACUAAAAACCUGUCCUGACCAUGACUAAAAACCUGGCCUGACCAUGACUUAAAACCUGGCCUGACCAUGACUUAAAACCUGGCCUGACCAUGACUUAAAACCUGGCCUGACCAUGACUAAAAACCUGGCCUACCAUGACUAAAAACCUGUCCUGACCAUGACUAAAAACCUGGCCUGAAUUGACUAAAACCUUCCUGACCAUGACUAAAAACCUGGCCUGACCAUGACUAAAAACCUGUCCUGACCAUGACUUAAAACCUGGCCUGACCAUGACUAAAAACCUGUACUGGCCAUGACUAAAACCUGUCCUGACCAUGACUAAAACCUGGCCUGACCAAGACUAAAAACCUGGCCUGAAUUUAUUAAACCUGUCCUGACCAUGACUAAAAACCUGUCCUGACCAUGACUAAAACCCUGGCCUGACCAUGACUAAAACCUGGCCUGACCAUGACUAAAAACCUGUCCUGACCAUGACUAAAAGGACCAUGUUUAGGCACUGCUGCUGACAGUGAGGGAGAGCCAGGUGCUGCCGACAGUGAGGGUGAGCCAGGUGCUGCUGACAGUGAGGGUGAGCCAGGUGCUGCCGACAGUGAGGGAGAGCCAGGUGCUGCCGACAGUGAGGGUGAGCCAGGUGCUGCAGACAGUGAGGGUGAGCCAGGUGCUGCUGACAGUGAGGGUGAGCCAGGUGCUGCCGACAGUGAGGGUGAGCCAGGUGCUGCCGACAGUGAGGGUGAGCCAGGUGCUGCUGACAGUGAGGGUGAGCCAGGUGCUGCCGACAGUGAGGGAGAGCCAGGUGCUGCUGACAGUGAGGGUGAGCCAGGUGCUGCCGACAGUGAGGGAGAGCCAGGUGCUUGUGGUUACAGGUUGUCAUAACAGAUGGUAAAUUGCAAUACAGUAAUACACUUGAUGUAGAGGGAGUUGUUUCUGUGCCAGCUGUGUGUAAGGCCCAACCUGUGGUAUAAUCUCCUCUAGAUUGGUGGAGGUGAACGGGGUACCAGUGGUGGGCUACAGUGAAGACGAGUUGAGCACCCUACUCCUCCUGGACCCAGUGCUCAGAUAGUGGUUCUGAGGAGACCUCCUCUUCCUUCCAGCCCAAGACCCAGAAGACCCCCUCCUGUUAGUCCCACCCCCAGCUCCUCCUCCUCCCAGCCCCAGAAGACCCCUCCUGUUGUCCCACCCCCAGCUCCUCCUCCCAGCCCCGAAGACCCCCUCCUGUUAGUCCCACCCCCAGCUCCUCCUCCCAGACCCAGAAGACCCCCUCCUGUUAGUCCCACCCCCAGCUCCUCCUCCCAGCCCCAGAAGACCCCCUCCUGUUAGUCCCACCCCCAGCUCCUCCUCCCAGACCCAGAAGACCCCCUCCUGUUAGUCCCACCCCCAGCUCCUCCUCCCAGACCCAGAAGACCCCCUCCUGUUAGUCCCACCCCCAGCUCCUCCUCCCAGACCCAGAAGACCCCCUCCUGUUAGUCCCACCCCAGCUCCUCCUCCCAGCCCCAGAAGACCCCCUCCUGUUAGUCCCACCCCAGCUCCUCUCCUCCCGCCCCAGAAGACCCCUCCUGUUAGUCCCACCCCCAGCUCCUCCUCCCAGCCCCAGAAGACCCCCUCCUGUUAGUCCCACCCCCAGCUCCUCCUCCCAGCCCCAGAAGACCCCCUCCUGUUAGUCCCACCCCCAGCUCCUCCUCCCAGCCCCAGAAGAACCCCUCCUGUUAGUCCCACCCCCAGCUCCUCCUCCCGCCCCAGAAGACCCCCUCCUGUUAUCCCACCCCCACUCUUCCUCCCUGGAGCAGCAUCCACCACUGGACCACCCCAUGGACCACCAGGCUGAAUCCAUCCAUACCACCUCUGCUGAGACUGAGCCCAUCCACUCUACCUAG